AUGGCUUUCAUUGGCCAGAGCACCCCCAAUAUCCGAAAGAAGUUGCAGCGCUUAAAAGCUCCCAGCGCCCAGCCCCUUGAGGUUUUGAUGCAUACGGCUUAUGAAGCCUACACCCAGCAAGAGGUAGCUGGAGAGAAAAAGGAGGAGAAAAAGAUGAAGCGCCAGGCUACACUCCUUGCAGCAGCUCUCCAGGGCGAUCUUGGGGAUCUUCCUCCCCCACCUCGGGGACGGGGCAGAGGCUGGGGUAGAAGAGAAGCAGGCCAGACCUUGGGGCGCAACCAGUGUGCCCUUUGUGGCCAGCAGGGACACUGGAGAAGAGACUGUCCCCAGAAUGAGCCAGUGACAGGACACCCCAAAGCCCUGAUAACGAUGACCACUCUAGUGCUGACGCAGCACGUUUUGAGAGACUACCGGGGGACAGAGGGAAAUUAUCUCUUAUAUGGAUCCAAUGCUUCUGAGAUUGCUGAAGAAACUGAAUAUAUAAAACAGAUAAGAUCGACUCUAGCGAAAGUUCAGCCUCUGCUGUGUAGAGAACGUGGAGUCCCAAAUGGCACACUGGGUUCAAAGACACAAUUCCAAGAAUCUGGAUUGGACCCUGACCAAGAGACUUUGGCUUCCAGCUACAUGGAGACAGUGGAAAAGGUGGAAGAGACAGAACAAGAAUUGUCACGGGUGAACAAAGAAAACGAAUGGCUACUGAUCAAGCUGGAGGCCUCAAGAGCAGCUGGAAUAGAGUCCGUGAAAAACGCUACACAUAUAAUCCAGGACGAGUACAAUCGGCGCUAUGGAGAUUUUAAGAAAAGGCGUGAAGGGGUUAUACACACAAUGAAGGCACGCAAGUCUGAACAAGAAGCGACGUUAAAGCAAAGUACGGACAACCUCAGUCGAAUGAAUGUGGCGCUUCAAGAAAAGUACAACCAGAUCGAGGAGCUGGAGAAGCGAGUCCAGAGGAUGGGAGAGGAAAAGAAGACGCUGAAAGAAAAGCAACGGUUGUUAAAAGGGAAACUGCAACAGAUGAUGUCGAAAGCGGAAGACACAAACAGCUGCAUCAAAGUUCAGACAGAGAUCUCCACCCUUCAGGAGCAAAUUAGUCAUUUGGACCACGUGAUCCAUUCUCAGCAUCAAAACUUGCACGCUUUGAUUCAUCAGAUUGAAGACUUGAACAAUGAGCUAAGAAUUCAAGAUGAAAGAAUAGAAUCCCUAAAAGAGAAGAUUGGGAUGCUACAGGCAAAGAAUGAAGAACUGAAGGACAAAGUGCAAUUCUGGUCUGGCCAAUCCAAAUCAAGAGUUUCCAAAGCUGUUUCAGUAAAGCUCGAUGUGGCCUCACCGUACACCAUGAUAACCAGACUGCGCAAAUGAGACAUCCCUG